CUUAUAUAAUGCCAAAAACACUUCACUCUCUUAUUUAAACAAAGCUAAAUAGGUAUUACCGUUACAUUUUGAUUCCAUUGCAUUGUUCUCUCCUUUGUCAAAAACAAAGCAUAAAAUUCUUUGAUGGAGGGACAACAAAAGGGAUCCAAAUCUAGUUACAUUUUUCCGCCCGGUUUUCGAUUCCAUCCUUCUGAUGAAGAACUCAUAGUUCAUUACUUGCAAAACAAAAUCAAGUCGCGUCCGCUUCCAGCUUCUAUUAUAGCUGAAAUUGAUCUCUAUAAGUAUAAUCCAUGGGAGUUACCAAAGAAGUCUUUAUUUGGGGAGGGAGAAUGGUAUUUCUUUAGUCCGAGAGACCGAAAGUACCCGAAUGGAUUAAGGCCGAAUAGAACAGCAGCUUCAGGAUACUGGAAAGCAACUGGAACUGAUAAGCCAAUAAUUUCUUCUUGUGGAUCAAAGCAUAUAGGAGUGAAGAAAGCUCUUGUGUUUUAUUCAGGUAGACCUCCUAAGGGUUCAAAGACAGAUUGGAUCAUGAAUGAGUAUAGGUUGGUUGACACAACUACAAAAUCAUUCAGACUAAAAGGUUCGAUGCGGUUGGAUGACUGGGUAUUGUGUCGGGUUCGACAUAGAGGCUACUCAAUGAAGAAUUUAUCAGAGAAUCAAGAGAUUCCUUGCGAACCAAGCAUGCCAGUAAACCUACCGAAAGUGGAAGAACAACGCCCAGCAAACACGAACUUUAGAGCCGACAUGAUCACAGAUUAUCAGUACAAAGACUAUCAGAUCAUAGCAUCUAUUCUUGUUGGUGGAGUUAUACCUCCAACUGAGAACAUGUCAAGUUUCAGCUUUGAUGGAAGCAAAGGAGAUAAUCUAACAUCAGUUUAUGAAGAAGGUUUCAAUAAAGUGAAUUCUCAAACUUCAAUCCCUUCUUUGGAAUGUUACUUCAACUCACUGAAAAGGAAAUCUAUUGAGGAUGAUGAUCAGUUUGAAAAUCUAAUUUCUUUUAACAGUAGGUUCAACACUGUAAACAAAAUAGACAAAUCUCCUAGCAUCGAUUUUAAAGCGCUAAACGAAUUAAACUUUGCAGAAAGAUACCAGCAGUGAUGAAGGCAAGGCGCACUGACUAUAGAAUAGUCAAGAAUCCUUUAUUUCAUAGUUAGUUUUCGAAGUAUAGAAAUAACCGGAAAGACAAUAGGUCUCAAAAGUUCAAAUGAGUUAUUGCUCUAUUUCUUUAUGUAUUGUUAUGAUUAUUGCUACCUGUAACAU